CAACAAAACAAAAUGAGAUAUCAAUCUCAUUCCUGGUUUGACUUCCGUAAUAUAUAGUUGCAAUAUUCCACAGACAGAGAAACAGAGAGAAGAAGAAGAAGAAGAAGAUGGCCAAUCUUGCUGCUGCUGGUGGAAGUAUUAAUGCAACUGGGAGUGGCAAUAGUAAUAAGCCUCACGCGGUGUUCAUUCCAUUCCCACUGCAAGGCCACAUAACACCAUUGUUGAAACUUGCAAAGCUGUUCCACCACAGGGGUUUCCAAAUCACCUUCGUCAACGCCGCCUUCAUCCACCGCCGCCUUCUCAAAUCCUCUGCAGCCUUUAUUUCUUCUGUGGCCGGCUUUCGAUUCAAAACCAUGCCCGACAGCCUUCCUUUUGGCGAUGAUGAGGAGCUCAGUCCACAGCUACUCUUCUCCAUCUGCCAAGCCUCCCGCUACAACUUCUUGCUUCCAUUUCGCCAACUUAUUUCUAAACUCAACGACGAUGAUGGCAGUGCAGCAGCUCCGGUGACUUGUAUUGUAUCUGAUGCUCUUAUGGCCUUUCCCAUCACUGUUGCUCAAGAAAUUGGGGUUCCUGGCUUCCUUUUCUGGCCUAAUAGUGCUUGUGGUUUCAUGAGCAUGAAGCACUAUAACCUUCUCAAGCAAAGAUCUCUUAUACCACUUAAGGAUGAGCUUGCAGACACCAUUGUAGAUUGGAUUCCUGGAUUGAAAGAUAUCCGUCUUAAGGACAUUCCAUUUGUAGAAAUAGACAACUGUGACUUCCCCAUGAGAGAAAUGGAGGAAGCAUACAAAGCUUCGGGAAUCAUUUUCAAUACUUUUGACAUCCUCGAGCAAGAUGUUUUGGAUGCCAUCUCGGCCAUGUUUCCUCAUGUUUAUACCGUUGGCCCUCUUCAGCUUCUCCUCAACUCAACCUCUGAUGAUGGGUUGAAGUCUAUUAGCUGCAGUCUAUGGGAAGAAGAAUCUGAGUGCCUGCAAUGGCUCAAUUCUAUGAAACCCAACUCAGUUGUUUACAUAAGCUUUGGCAGUGUUGCAGUCAUGGAGCCACAGCAGCUGACUGAGUUUGCCUGGGGCAUCGUCAAUAGCAACCAACCUUUCUUAUGGAUAAUUAGACCCAAUUUGGUGAUGGGGGAGGCGGCAGCACUGCCACCUGAGUUGCUAGAAAAGAUUGAAGGGAGAGGUAUGAUCGCAAAGUGGUGCCAACAAGAGCAAGUUCUUAAGCACCCCUCAGUUGGAGGGUUCUUGACGCAUUGUGGAUGGAACUCAACUCUCGACAGCUUAUGUGCUGAAGUGCCCAUUUUGUGUUGGCCAUGGCUUGGUGAUCAAUGUAUAAACCGUAGAUAUAGUUGCACCCAUUGGGGUAUUGGCAUUGAGAUGAAUAAGGAUGUGAAAAGAGACGAAGUGGAGAAGCUUGUGAGAAACUUAAUGGAGGGAGAUCAGGGGAAAGAAUUGAAGAAAAAGAUCAUGGAGUGGAAGAAAUUGGCAGCGGAGGCCACAAGUGACGGUGGAUCCUCAUUCAUGAAUUUGGAAAAAUUGGUGAAUGAAGUACUAGGAUAAUUUUUACGUUUUUUAAGCAUUGUAAUAAUUCCUUUUUUGGUCUGGGAAUGUGCUGCCUUAGCUCCUUUGUCUUGUUGGAUUCAAGAGAGUAGAAAAAAAUAAAAAUAAAAAAUAAAGAAACGACGGAGCUUUUACUUUGUGAAUCAUUCUUAAUGAUGUGCAAUAUAUAUGGCUGAGACAUUAUUUACCAUUUGAUUUUGUGGGUUUAUUGUAAUUUCAUUUUUUUAAAUAAAAAAGAAAAACAAUAUUCAGUUA